ACACACUUUUUAACUUUGAGACUGAUAGAAAUGUAAACGAUUGCAGUGAGAAUUCCAUGAAAGCAACAGUUCAACAGUUUUAUUCUUCCCAGCAGUACAAGCACCCCAGGGCAAACUAAAUAGUUUUGUUGCUGUCGUCGGCAGUCAGUAAAGCCUUGGCUCCCCGGCGGCCCCUCCUUCUUGGUCCUAACCCAGGAAGAGAGUGACGGAGACAGUGCAUCGCUGAAGGAGUUGGCAGAUAUGGCUGCAGAGCGUACACCCAGCAGGAGGAAGCAGUGCAUUUUCCGCAAGGCUUUUCAGAGAUUCCCCUUUGGCAAAUGCGAGAGGAAAACGCGAAGCAACGGCAGCUACGGUAAGACUGGCCCCACCUGUUCCACAAUACACUGCACACCUGAGCGAGACGAACCACCAGCACUGUGUGUAGGGCUGUCAGAUCCACCAUUUUCCCCCCAUGGACAGGGCUGGAUUAUUCGUGCUGCGGAGCGGUACAUGAAAAGUGCUAGAUUGUAGUUUGGAGAAUUUGUAGGAAGGAAAUAAAGAAGGCCAGUCCCUGAAGAAUCCCAAAGAAUUGCCACGGUCAGUUAAAGGGAACUCUCCGAGCACCAUAAGCACUGCAGCUUAACGUAGUGGUUAUCGUUCAAGGAAACUACAGAUGCUGGCCUUCUGUUUUUAUUAAAACAUUCUCAAGCAUUUUGACAGAAAUGGGGGGAUUCUCCUCUGAAUCUAAAGCCCACCCAUGCAGCUUAAAAAAGGAUGUCAACAUUGAGGAAGUGACGUUUACUUUGAAUCUGUUACUAAACUUUAAUUUUAGCAAAUUAGAAAAAAAAAAAAAAAAAUAGAUAUAACCGAGCCCUGACUACAGCAGAGGUGGAAGGUUGUUCCAAUUAAAAUUCAUUAAAUGUCAGAUAGAAUAAUGCUGCAUGUGUUGGCACAGCCGCAGUGAAGGCUGGAAGCGGUGGGGUAUAUGGGUAUAGGGGUACUGACACAGAAAAUUAAUGCAAGAAGCAAAGUUAAAAGGAUCAAUUGCAAUUCAGCUCUGUCAAACUCUACUCAAGUAUUUACAGCUUCUCAUACAGCCUUGUAUUUACACUUUGACAGAGAAUUACAUUUCAAGGGUGGAUUAAAGACAUCAGGGGAUACUAUCACUUCACAGCUUGAAAACAGAUAUUAAAAGAAAAAAAACACACACACAGACACACAAAAACCUUUGUGUUGUGACCACUACACUUUGUGCUGCUCAUGGUAACAGAUUUUGUUUAUGCAGUAUAUGAAUGCUACAUACCACAGGCCAGCACUUUUUAUUUUCUGCCCAUCAGCAUUUAGAAGAGAUAUUUACUAUCUGUGUAUCUGGCGAACUAACUGCUCAUAGUGACUCCUAUUAAGAAUCGCAGCAACACUACAGGAGGGCAUUAGAGUCCUUGGUUUGGAAAAGAACCUUUAUGACAACAAACAGAACGCAGGCAAACACUCCCAGUUGGUAACCUCUUAGAAAGAGCAAGGAGAGUUUAUUAAAUAAACAGUGAAUAGUAGUGGAUUUAAAACCACAUUGGAAAAUCAAUGCCAACAUAGCCACUAUGGAAGAUAUCUCCAAUUGAAAAAAAAAAAUUAAUAAUAAUAAUAAUAAUAAUUAAAAGAGUCAAGCGGUCAGUCACAGUUUGACUUUUUUAAAUUUGAAUUAUGCAAUCAGGUUUUUUUUUUUAAAUUCCUCCUCAGUUCACCGUUUAGCGAAUAAUCCCUCAAGUGUGCGGUCAGUGAGGUAAACCAAAAGGACGCAGUCAACAGAUUUUCACGUUCAUUAAAAAACAAGCAAAUUGAAGGAAACGGAAAACAGAAUUGCGAAAUUCAGUCUGAAAUAGCCUCGCUGUGACUGCAGCAAUGUUACAGAUAUUUUCCAGGUCAUCUGUUUUAGUCAAAAAUUUUGCCAGAUUUGCUACUUUGGACUUUAUAAAUAAAUCUCUGUGUAUUACCCCAUUUAUCUCGAUACACAGCCUUAAGUGAGGUAUUUCAGCUCCCAGAUCAAUACAAUAUCAGUUUGUGUACAGUUACUGAUUAACCAGGCUAGUAAGUCAAACAGUGCUGCAGGAAGCGCUAGGAACAUUUUUUUGUUUAGUAACCAAGCAGAAUUUAACAAACAAAAAGUAAAAUAAUCAGAAUUUCAGUAACAAACAAGUUGUGCAACCCCUGCUGUUUAGUGACAAUAACUCACACAACACUUAAGAGGAAAUACUCCAAACAGAUUGCGAUAUUCCGCCUGUCCUGUUCUAAAAUACAAUUACAAUUUGGAGGCGACAGGGCACUCCAGACACCAUAACCACUACAAAGCUCUGUUCCACUACUGGCUGGGAGUGUAUGCAUUACUCUAGCAGAGAGUUUCCCCAGUUGUUCAUGUGACAGGUUAGAUCAUAAGGUCUGACCCAUGUGCCUCUCACCAUUAUUGCUUAGGUCGCAGUUAAGGUUAACUUUGCCGCCCCAGGGGUUUUCUAACUACAUUUAACCCUAAUGGCUACACUGCAUUUGUUGUCAUCUGACUAGCCAGCUUGUUGGACUUGUCGUUUUUGCAAAUAAUAUCAGAUUUUUAGUGACAGUUCCAGGUUUUUAAUUUUUCUAUCCCACGGUGUUGCUCGUUCAGCAAUGGGUCUAUUUAAUGAGUUUAUCUUCGUCUGCUCCUGAAGGGCCUCAUAUUAUGGGUUAAAAUCCUGGAGAAUGGGGCUUAAAAUAAUAUUUAGUCUUCCCCUGAAACUGUUCCAGGGCGUGCAAACUGUAAUCACUUCAGAGUCACACACAAAAAUAUCUGAAUCCUCUGUAUUUAGAGUCACCGUAGGGACACUGCAAUUAUUUAUUUCUGGUAUUUAUAAAGCGCCAACAUAUUCCGCAGCGCUGUACAAUUAAUGGAGGAGAACAUGCUAUAUACACAGACAAAUACAAAAAAGGUGGAGAGGGCCCUGCCCGUAAGCUGAGAUCUAGUCAUUCGAGCUCUUUUAUACAAGGUGCUUAGCUAGAUAGCCCAUGAGCUUACAAUCUACAGGAUCUGGACAAGUGCCUCAGCCAAGACAAUGACAGAAGAUAAUAUACACAUUAAUAUUGUACAGUUUAAUAUCAUAAAAACACUAAACAACAAGCAGAAAUUUAGUUUUAAUGUCACUUUAAAUUUCCAAAUAUUAAAAAAGGUAAUACAAGAAGCGGAGGGAGCGCAAGACUAGCAAGUGUGUUGCCAGCAUGCUGCAAAUAUGACAUCAUUUACAUUAGGCAGCCCACAACACAGUUCUGGGCAGCCAAUGUCAUUUGUGCUGGGGGUGCCACUUGCCCCAGCACGCGAUUAAUAAUAACUCUGUAUGUGCACUAUUUCAAGCUAAAACAAUGCAAAUGCAUACUUCUACCACUAUAACCACUUCAAAUUACUGAAGUGGUCAUAGUGGUUUGAAUAACCAUUUAAUAAAGAAAGAAAAUUCUAUUUCUUACAGGGAGCACUAUACACUACAGGACAACCACCACCACAUUGUAGGUGUGGCUUGCUAGCUAGCUUCUCCCACACAGGUCUAUAUAUUAGCUAAAACCACAAUUAUAGACAGAGUUAUUUACUAAACUUGAGCAUUUAUCGUGAAUUUCAAACUUGGAGUCAACGCAGCCAAACUGAAAAAAUUAUCUGUCAGCUAUGCUUUCAUUUUGCUUACUCGGGCCUUUAAAAGUCACAUUGAUUCUUAAAUUAUCAAAAGGUUCGCUCCAGUCAAAUAACUGGAUUCUAUGAUGAGAUUUUAAUAUUGAAAAACAAAGCUCUUCUUUUUUAAAGGAAUUUAAUUCCUUAGGAGAACUGAACUAUUAAAUGUAAUAAUGUAAUUGCAAUUAAAUUAUUCUGUAUAGUCAGAUGCUGAUGUCUCAUUUCCUCAUUUAAUUUCUCCCCACCAUGCAUAUACUCUUACAGGCACAUAUUGGGACCUAUAAAGGGCAGCCACCCAUAGCUGCGUAACUGCCUAUCAGGCUCAGCCAGGACUGACAAGGUUGGAUCCCUAAAUGUAGACAGUGAUGGUACGGUGUAUUACCAAACAGAGUGGUUGAUGUGAACGCACAAUUAUGACACCUCUAAUAGGUGUAAACGAGGUCGAAUAAACUAGUAAAAGCCAAGGUCAGGGACGCCAGAAAUGGGAACAGACAAACUCAACAGAGAGUGGUCAAAUAAACAGAGGCGUCCGCAAGACAUAAUAAAAUUGAAUUAGUUAACAUAUAGAGAAUGCUGCAGAACACGUCCAAGAGGUCAGAAUUGGCAAUAAGGGGAGGGAAGGCUGUCUUUUUAAAGCCUCUCCACAGAUGUGCCUAAUUGAUACCCAUAAAAGACAUGGGGAAAAGGGCACUCAUAAGAGCGCAUCGGAAGCGAUGUGCGCAUGAACUAUACUAAAUGGGGCUGGUCUACACAGCGGCCAGUGAGAUUUAAAGCCACCCACCAACCACGUGUCCUAACAUUUCAAAUGGACAAAGAGGCACACUUUACAUUUUGGUUACUUAAUAAUAAUAAUUUAUGGAACUAGAAUGUAAUUUAGAACAAGAACAAUGUAUCUUAUUUACACAGGCUGAUUUCUAAACACAUUUUUUGUAGUUUAAAGACACAUUACUGGGAGUAUUAUUACUGUGGAGCUCUGUUAUACACUCAGACACAUUACUGGGAGUAUUAUUGCUGCGGAGCUCUGUUAUACACUCAGACACAUUACUGGGAGUAUUAUUACUGCGGAGCUCUGUUAUACACUCAGACACAUUACUGGGAGUAUUAUUACUGUGGAGCUCUGUUAUACACUCAGACACAUUACUGGGAGUGUUAUUGCUGUGGAGCGCUGUUAUACACUCAGACACACCAACAAUAUGGAGCUCCUAGAGAAGAGGGACAUUAGGAUAGAAAAGUGUGACAGAGUGAUUUGGCCCGAUAUAGGGACUGUCCCUCCUAAAUAGGGACACUUGGAAGGUUUGCACCAUCCCGUGUCUUUUCAGUGCUUCCUGGACAUCAGAGGCAAAUCCCCAAUUACGGUAGCGUAAACUAAUCAUUAAAUACACUCACACUAUGCAAACUGAACUAAGGCAUUGAACUUAUACAAAAGAGAUUCAGAAUGAGCCACUCUGGCUGCUGCUGGCCAGUGCGGCUGACAGCCAACAUGCCCCAAUUUGAGACAUUGCCAAUCCCCUUUUUUCGGCAGACCCAGCACUUGCCUCUUUACUUGCACACCCCUUUAUGGCCGAUCCCUUAUACACACCCUUCAGUGUUUGGAAGUAUUGAAUAUCUGUGUUCCCCCAGUAUUAUCACCGUGCUGCAUCUUUGGGAUUUAAUUACCGCAUUUAGGCCAUUAACACUCACACUCUGGGUUAUUCACUAGACAGUAUAAUGUAUAGGACAAAUUCUAAAACUUAGUCUAAAAUAGUCAAACUGUGAUUAAAGCAGAGUUGGAGAAUUUUUCCAACGCAGCUAUUUAGGUCUAAAUUCAGUUUUCCAUUUGCUGCAAUUUAGUCAUUGUACCCCUCUGUGUAAUAAGUUGACAGAUCUUAUUUGUUAAUCCCCUUAUUAUCUCUGUGCUGUGGUAAGGGCUUACUGCUCAAAUGCAAAAAAUUCAGGCAUGUUUAGGCAUGGCUUUUUAUAGUGAAGCUUUUGCUGUGCCCUUAACCCAGUGUGUUCUACAUUAAUUGCCAUCAGAUAGACAGAGCGGACUAGCAUUUAAUAUAGAGCUGACAGAGGCAGAGAAGCUUGUGUGUAACAGAACAGCGUAAAAACAGACAAAAAAUAACUAAUAAUACACCCACUGAUAGCAGCCAUUUUGGAUAUUUGUGUGAAUACCACCGAACGAAAAAUAGGUAUUUGCACACACGUAUGCCUUACAAUACAUGCAAUUGUUUAUUUUGUUAGAAUUAUAAAUAAAAAAUUUAAAACCUACGAGUUAACCAAAAUCUUAAAAGGUGUGAUAACAUUCACAGGCAGGAAAAUUCACCAGAGUGUAAAUUGUUGUGAACCAGAAGCGAAACUUAGAAUUUUAGGCCAAAAUUGUCAAAUUGGAAAAAUUAAUUUUAGCCAAAUUAAUUUGGCAAAAAUUUUAAAUUCCUGACAAUUCACACUUUAAAAAAAAACCUCGUAUGAGAAUUAAUCAUGGCGUGGAAAUACCCACACGUGGCAACAUAACCCCGGCCUAUCUAUUAGGAUAUGCAGUUCAAAUAGGGUGAAGAAACCGCCAGAGGUAAAUUCAUUUAAGAUAAUAUAGUUAAAACAACACAUUCCGACCAUAGUCAGGGUUAUUCACUAAGGUGAGAAUUCCAAAUAAGUUCUAAAAUGAAGGUAAAGCUGCUGGACUGAAAAUACAACUAAUUUAGAGAAUUUUUCUAGAUCAACUAUUUUGGCCUUAAAUUUGAUAUUCGCAGUAAAUGCUCACUUUUGUAAAUAACCCUGGUAAUAUCAAUCUGGCAGAGGAUGGUCGCUGUUAUGGGCCACAGCAUCUUAUCGACAACCUAACAUACAAAAUACUGCUAGCCCUUACCUCAGUAUGUAAAAAUGCCGCCAUUUUGUGCGUGCUCAAAGACCCCGUGCUCUUAUGUGUGGAGCAUUGUUAAUGCAUUGCUCAAAUCAUGACACUUGCAGGGUUAGUUGUUAAAGCAAGAUUAUUUUUUUUUGUGCAUUUAAAGUGAAUUUCAAAUUUAAGACCAAAAGUAGUUGAACCAGAAGCAGACGAUUUGGAGAAUUUUUCCAGUUUGGCUAUUUGAGCCUUCAUUUUUUAUUUCAAUUUUAAAUCAUGACAAUUCUUACUUUAGUGAAAAGCCCUGUGGGUUUGCAGACUAUUCAAAUUUUUUUAGUGCUACACCCCUGUAACCUAUGAUAGAACGUUGAAGGAUUCUAUUAUACACACUUAUGACCAGAGGCGGCUCUAGACUUUAUGAGGCCUUAGGCGAAACUCAAACACAGUGGCGUACAUACCAGGGUCGCAGGGGUCGCGGCUGCGACCGGGCCCGGCCCACCAGGGGGCCCGGCCGCCCCUGCGACCCGGUAUGUAGCCACAGGGCCAGCCUCUUCCCCUGCGGGGCCCAGGAGGCGGCCACCCCAGGGCCCCCCGAGGCUGGCCCUGCCGACCCCGGCGGGCGGGUGGCCGGUCAGGCAGGCGGGCGCGCGAGGGAGCACUCUGCUCUGUGUGCUUCCUCUUCAGCUCCCUCGCGCACCGCACUGAUAUCGGAGCCGGAAGAUGACGUCAUCUUCCGGCUCCGGCAUCCCUACGCGGCGCGCGAGGGAGCUGAAGAGAAGGCACUCAGAUCAGAGUGCUCCCUCGCGCGCCCGCCUGCCCGACCCGCCCAGGAGCCCAGCAGCACCACUGGACCCCAGGGAAUCCCCCCAGCACUCCAAAAGGUAAGGAGGCUGGGGGGAUUUAAAAAAAAAAAAAAAACAUGUGUGAGUGUUAGUGUGAGUGUUAGAGUGAGUGUUAGAGUGAGGGUUAGAGUGAGGGUUAGAGUGAGGGUUAGAGUGAGGGUUAGUGUGAGGGUUAGUGUGAGGGUUAGUGUGAGGGUUAGAGUGAGGGUUAGAGUGAGGGUUAGAGUGAGGGUUAGAGUGAGGGUUAGAGUGAGGGUUAGUGUGUGAGUGUUAGUGUGUGUGAGUGUGUGUGUCUGCUAGUGAGUGUUAGUGUGAGUGUUAGAGUGAGUGUUAGUGUGUGUCUGCUAGUUAGUGUGAGUGUUAGUGAGUGUUAGUGUGUGUCUGCUAGUUAGUGUGAGUGUGAGUGUUAGUAUUAGUGUGUGUGUCUGCUAGUGAGUGUGAGUGUUAGUGUGUGUGUGUUAGAGUGAGUGUUAGUGUGUCUGCUAGUGAGUGUCAGUGAGUGUGUUACUGUGUGUGUCUUACUGAGUGUGUGUGUGUGUUAGUGAGUCUGUUUGAUGUCUGUUAGUGAGUGUGUGUUUGUCAAUGAGAGUGUAUGUUUUGUAAGUGAGUGUGUAUGUAUGUCUGUCGCUGACUGUGUCUCUGCCAGUAAAUGUGUGUGUCUGUUAGCUAGUGUUUAUGCGUCUGUAAGUGUGUGUGUGUGUGUGUGUGUGUGUCUUCAGCACUUACCUUUCUCCAGUGCCGGACUCCCUUGGCGCUGAGGAUCCCUCAGCCUCUCAGCUCCGAAUGCGACCACGCACGCAUUCAAACCGCCCAUAGGAAAGCAUUACUCAAUGCUUUCCUAUGGACGUUCAGUGUUCUCCUCUAGCGGCUGUCAGUGAGACAGCCACUAGAGGCUGGAUUAACCCUCAGUGAAACAUAGCAGUUUCUCUGAAACUGCUAUGUUUUCAGCUGCAGGGUUAAAACUAGAGGGACGUGACACCCAGACAACUUCAUUGAGCUGAUGUGAUCUCGGUGUCUGUAGUGGUCCUUUAAAGGACCACUAUAGUGCCAGGAAAACACACUCGUUUUCCUGGCACUAUAGUGCCCUGAGGGUGCCCCCACCCUCAGGUACCCCCUCCCCCCGGCUCGGGAAAGGGGGUCAAACUUACCUUUUUCCAGCGCUGGGCGGAGAGCUCUCCUCCUCCGAUCCUCCUCUUCUCCUCCCCGUCGGCUGUAUGCGCAUGCGCGGCAAGAGCUGCGCGCGCAUUCAGCCGGUCACAUAGGAAAGCAUUCAUAAUGAAAAUCACAGUGAGAAGCACGCAAGCACCUAGACAGCCGCUAGAGGAAAUAGGGGAAGGCUUAACCAAUUCAGAAACAUAGCAGUUUCAGAAUUUAUGAAAAAAUGGGUUAACCCUAGCUGGACCUGGCACCCAGACCACUUCAUUAAGCUGAAGUGGUCUGGGUGCCUAGAGUGGUCCUUUAAGUGUGUGUGCAUCUACAUGCACUGGCGUACAUACCGCGGUCGCAGCCCUGUAACCUCUGCGACCAGGUGUCCACCGUCAUGUGUUGCGGCCCGGCCCGCGCGCGCGGGGGGGGGCCCACGGAUCAAUUUUCGCACCGGGGCCCCACGGGUCAUGUGUACGCCACUGCUCAAACAUGAGGCCCCACUAACAAAAAAGUGUCACAUAUACACAUUGAGGCACUGUCUACCUGUGUAUGUGCCUGAGAGUGUGUCUGACAGAGAGUAUCCUUGUGUGUGUGAAUGUAUGUCUCUGUGAGCAUGUUUGCGUUUUUGUCUGAGACCGUAUGUGUAUGGAGUAGCUGCUUGAAGUGUGUUGUGUGUAUGGGGGGGUGAUGGUGAGAGGGAGAGGGGGGUGAUGUUGUGAGGGAGAGGGGGUAAUGGGAGAGUGGGGUGUGAUGUGAGAAGGAGAGUGGGGAAGGAGAGGGGUGAUGGAGAAGGAGGGGUGAUGUGAUGUGAGAAGGAGGUGAUGUGAGAAGGAGGGGGUGAUGUGAGAAGGAGGGGGUGAUCUGAGAAGGAGGGGUGAUUGAGGGGUCUGAGAAGGAGGGGGGUGAUCUGAGAAGGAGAGGGGGAUCUGAUGUUGAUGUUGAUGGUGAGGGAGGGGGUUGAUGGUGGUGAUGCUGAGGCUGGUGGGGGGUGAUGCUGAGGGUGAGGGUGGUGGGGAGGAGGAGGGUGAUGCUGAGGGUGGUGGGGGGUGAUGGUGAGGCUGAGGGUGGGGGUGGUGAGGGGUGGUGAUGCUGAGGGUUGUGGAGGGUGGUGAUGCGGAGGGUGGUGGGGGGUGGUGAGACUGAGGGUUGUGGUGAGGCUGAGGGUGGUUGGGAGGCUGAGGGUGGUGGGGGUGGUGAUGCUGAGGGGGAGGCUGAGGCUGAGGGGGUGAGGCGAUGGUGAGGGGGUGAGAGAGAACCUACCUUAAUUUCCCUGGUGGUCCAGUGGGCUCCCUUGUGGUCCGGUGUCCAUUGCUUCCGCAGAGCUGCAGACCAUGUAAUCUCGCGAGACCAUCAGAGCGUUGCGGUGGUAACCCACGGCAACGCUCUGAUUGGCCAGUUUUCACGAGACACGUGGUCUGCAGCUCUGCUCACUGCGGAGCUGCAGACCGGUGUCUGCGGUGGCUGGCCGGGCAGCCAGGAGGGGCCUCGCACCCGGCGGCAUACCGGGCAAGCCGCCGGGCCCCCUCCUGGUGUCAGGUCCUCGGUCAGUGACCGAGGACCUGACACAGUCUGCCCACAGGUGGUUUAGGCGGCCGCGAGGCCCCAGCCAGCGCAAGACCUUCGGAGGCUGCCUAAACCGCCUAAUUAGAGAGCCAUCUCUGCUUAUGACUUCAGCCCCCUUACUGCAUCAAUACAGUUAUGCUGGUCAUUGUGAACAUGCAGUUUUUGCUUAUUGUAACGGAGUGAUUCACCUUCAAACAAUUGGGGGGUUUCCAAAUCCAUCACUUGGAUAAUGAUGUAAAACUUAACGCAAUAAUAUCUGGCAUAAAGUGCAAACAUUGUAAGAAAAGGGGGAUUUUCGUUAUGUGUUUAAAUUGAAAAACAAACGUUGGACUCAUCGGAAGCAAAAUAAACCGUGAGAUUUAAUCUGAGCUUGCACGUAUAAUAUUAAGCAAACGGUCACCUUUGGGUAAUAACACCCACACAUAUUGUAUUGUUUGUCACAAUGCAGCAAGAUGAGGCCUUGCUAGUUUUAUCCAGCAAACCGACAUGAGCCAAGAGAUUAGUGAACAAAAAAAAAACAACUAAUUAAACAGCAGUCAUUAUGUCGCAUGAAUGUGGCAAACAUGCAGCAAUGUUAUGGUAAAAGUAAAAUGAUAGAAAGAAACUUUAGGCAGGUUUGCAGAUUUCGACACUGGUAGGCCAGAGCCAUCAGACAGCGGUAAGGGUUAAUAGUUUGGGAUAGAAAGCGUUCCUCCUUUGUCAGUUAAGAGAAGUGGCCCAGCUGGUUUUUCCACCCUAUCAUGUGAUCCCAGCUCAUUCUGCUCUCCGGAAAAUGUUAAAUUCUCCGCUUUUGUUUUUAGAGGGCAGCUUGUUACUCAUGCAAACAAUGCUAUAUCCAAACAUCCUGCUCUUUUGUAAAGCAACAGGUCUGGGUACAUGAUAGCUAGCAGAUCUACAUAAAUGUAAAGUUUAAGAAGAGACAUAAGUGGUGUGGAUUAAUUAAACUAUAAAAGCAUGUGUUAUCUAGGGUAUAUUUAUUAAACCAGGAGUUGGGGAGACUUGGCAAAGGGAAUUGUAAAUUUUAAGUUAAAUUAGUCACACUGGAAAAAAUUCUACAACUAAGCCAUUUAUUUAUCUUGCCCAUUUUGUCCUACGAUUUGCAUAGCAAAUGAUAGAACUAGCUGUAAAUAGCCACAUACGUGUUUAAGAAAGGUUUACAAAAAAUCUCAACAGGUGAAGAGGUAAAACACGGGGAAGAAUGAGGAAUGGGAUCAGUGAAGGUUAGAAAAAGUCAUGGUAAAACCUAAAAAGUAAGAAAUAAUAGCGAUUUGGAGUGCAGAUGUUAAUUUAUAAGAUUCUGUGCCUCGCAGGACGUAAUCUACAUGUUUUGCAGAUGUCCACGCCAAAGAUCCACCACAGCAGACAGCAGAAAAGUGGUCUCCCACCGAUCAAGUGGUCUCUUCUCUCAGCAAGCCCCCGAUGCUUCCAUUGGCUAUAAUGGACUCUGAGGGACAUAACAGGACUCUGAUACCACAUGCCGCAGACCCCAUGCAGAACUCUCACAGAAUGUUUGACAGUAACGGGGUCCAACCUGGCUUCUCAAUGCCUUCGCUUCCCCUUGAUGGACAUCACAGUGACUCUAUGCAGUUUUCGCAUAACAGAGGAGGAAAGGAGGGCUUGGUUUCUGAAUUCCCACCACUGUCUCCUGCAGAAGACGAGGACCCUCUUUCUGUAGCACUGCCACCAUCCCCCAGCAUUUCCAGUAUGGGUAAGACCUUUUCUUCUACAUACGUCUUUCUGACACGGGUACCUACCACCCUACCACUAAAAUGUGCAAUUCUCUAACUUGUCUUGUUGGUUCUGUUUAGGCCAGGCAUAGGCAACCUUCAGCACUUCAGAAGUUUUGGACUACACCUCCCUUGUUGCAUUGCCAGCAUUAUGGGUGUAAGAGCAUUAUGGGGGAUGUAGUCCACAACAUAUGUAGUGGCAAAGGUUGCCUAUCCCUGGUCUAGGCAAUAGGUGUCAGCUGCCAUAAACCCAGGCAUGAUUUUGAACCACUGUCCCAUGAUCCUAGGUUUUUCUGUUGAGUAUUGCCUCUGUAGACACAAUAUAAAAAUCCCCACAAGGAAAGUGAUUCCAUACAUAUACUCCCAAUAACCCGAUCAUUCUCCUUUACCUGCUAGCCCACAGUGACAUGCAGUUCCCAGCAUCAACUUGCAGCCAUGAUCUAACAAUCAGCCAGGUGGAGAGACUCCUCCCCUGCGGAGCAGCUCCACACACUGAGAGCUAAUGAGCCGGUGUAACAGAGCCUGAGAAAUGGGAGAAACCAACUGCUGGAAUGUGGUUGACCUCCACCAUAUUUAAUGGAAUACCCUAAGGCUUCUUGGGCUGAAAAACACAACUUUUUUUUUUUUUUUUUUUUUUUAAAGGAACACUCCACAUGAAAAAUCAUAAGAGAAAACAAGGUGACUAUUUAGUACAUAUACCCCCAAUGAAAACAUGCAUGCAUUUAGUUAGGCAUACAAAAAAACAAGGGGAGCUGCUACAAAAAAACAACAAAUAUCUCAUUGGGUGUUAAAUCCUAACAUCUAUACCAAAUGCUAUUAGAAAUGCACUCACAAAAAACAGAAUUUAAUCCAUCUCUCCAGAUAUAUCCAAACGGCAGAACUUUUCAUACAGUGUCUUCAAGAAACGUUCUCUCAAAUUAGUCUCAGAUAUGUAAAGGAUACAAUUAUCUCAUAGGGUAACAAACACUGAAACAAAUAUUAAGCAUUUAUAUUGAAGAUACAGUGUAUGCAGAAAAAGUGCUGACUUCAGCCUGUCUUUUUGCAGAACUGGUGAUAUGCCUUUAGAUAUUUAAUUUUUUUCAUUGUGAGUGCAAUUUCAUUGGUUAAUAAUUUGUUUUCAAAUUUUAUUACCCCCCCCCCCGGCACAGAAAGUGUUAUAAAACCAUCUAUUUACUCACCCAAUCCCAGCGCCAAUUUCCCUCGUCGCUGGGUUGGCGCUGUGCGUCCUCCGAUGUUAUCCAACAGGGGUGACUACUGUGCAUGCGCAGCAAGAGCAUCAUGCCCUCCCCAUAGGAAAGCAUUUUUUCAAUGCUUUCCUAUGAGGAUUUAACUGGCCUGGAUGUCCUCAUGCAGAGCGUGAUUAUGUCCAGCGCCAGUUAGGUGACCAAAAGAUCGGUAAGAUCCUGGAUGUGCCUCUAGUGACGGUCUGACAGACACUACUGGCAGUCUUACUGCUGUAAUGUGAUCAGUGCAAUUUCUCUAAAAUGGCAAUGAUUCACAUUGCUGGAUUACGUGAGACAGGGACAUUGCACCCAAACCACUUCAGUAAGAUGAAGUGGUCUGGGUGCCUAUAGUGUUAAGAUAAGAUACUCCACACAAAUAUAGCCGAUCUGCAAACUGAAGUACUUUUAUGGGUGUGGAGUGAUCCUUUUAACGUGAUACCUUUAUUAGAACUCAUGUUAUCUCCUGGCUAGCAUUUGUUUAUUUAAAAUAAAUGAUGGCCAAGGGUGUUAUCACUAAAGUGUGAUCUAAUGAGAAUUCAAGAAAAUUUUGAUAUUUUUGGCCAGAAUUGCCAAAUUGGGAAAUGUGUCCAAGUCCGCUAAUCCCGCUAUGUUUUCAGUUCUCAUAUUUAUUUACAUAAUUUGAAAUAUACUUUUCAUUUUCAACAAUUCACAUUCCAGUGAAUAAACUUUUACUUGUUCUUUUUUCGACAUUUUGUUAAAUGGAUAAUUUUUAUAUAUUGUAGUGAGUUUUGGAAAAUAAUUUCUAUUUUGUUUACUGAAUGUCAUUUUUGAUGUUAAAGGAUUACCGUACUCAGUGCCCCUAAAACAUUUAAGUUUAAUAAUAAGAAGGCUUGGACAGGUGCCUCAAAGCCAUCUAGAUAGCAUAACUUUCACUUCCUGGCCCUCAUACCCAGGCAUACCAUGACAUCACGUUCUGUCACAGCUUGUCAUUCAAUAAUGGUCUAUGAUAACGGUAUCAUAGGUGGAUUGUGGCAAGCACACUGAGAGGGCCCAAAACUAGCAAGGGACAUGAAAAUGGUAGCGUUCCUAAUUUGUAUUUUUGUUACAGAGACAGAUGUUGAAGUGGACCCAGAGACCGGAGAACGAGCCAUGGAUUAGUCUGAUGACAUAUUGACUGAAGUAAAAGAUUCCUAUCAUAUUCCGUUCUGCGAUUUCCUAGCAAUGUGCAUUCCUGUUGCGGUGGACAAAAAGCAAUAAACAUGGAUGUUAAUAACCGCAGAAGACUGUAAACAUUAGGAAAACAAAACUGGGAGAUUUACACCAGAGGAGCAAAGACCUUCUAAAAGUGGAUAAUCCACCAAUUUCUUCUACUACUGUGUAAUAUGGUAACGUGGAAGGUUCUUUUAACCCUGAUCAUUAUUGACCUAAUUUACCAAGAAAAUAUAGUGUACAAGUAAUCACUUGGGUUUUCCAGCAUAGUUACAACGAAAAUACAACAAAAACCCUGGGAAGACUUACUCCAUACUGGACAUUUCUUUCUAGAAAGCAUAUUUUUCAUGCUAUAGUUUGUUUUUUAUACACAUGAAACGUUCUGUUACUAGACUGGGCAAAGGGGUGAUGUGCAUAACACUGCCAUACGCAGUCAGACCAGAUUAAAAAGCACCCUUCCUAAGGCCAAACUUUGUCAAAAAGGUGAUCAUCAUAACUCUAUCACGGUAAAACUUGGUUAAAUGUUUGAAAUGAAACACCUGUCUUUUUGUAAGCUAGACUUGUCUAAGGGUGAUAUAGAAGGUGGCCCACAAUUCAGAGUAGUGUAUGAGGAAUCCAUAAAAUUUUUAUGAAUUAAUUCAUUUCAAUGAUAUUACAUACAAUGAAUGCUUAACGUAUGGAGGUUUGUCUGACUAGGUGUACAAGAUGACAUCUUUUAAAUUAGCGAUAUUUGCCGCCGCCUCGCAAAGUCGGGUUCUUUUGAUUGCAUUGCUCAUUACAUUAGUUAACGUUUGAGCCUCUAGCGCUCAAAUUUCUCCUGUGAGGUUACCCCCCACCAGACGGUGCACUUCAUAGGAUGCAAUUGGCGCUGAUGAAUUAUCAGUUGAUUUUCUAUACCCAAGAAACAGUUUUGCUUGUUGACGGAGCCAUUUAUUUAACCCCUUAUGGACACAUGACAUGUGUGACAUGUCAUGAUUCCCUUUUAUUCCAGAAGUUUGGUCCUUAAGGGGUUAAAGGAAAAUGAGCAUUGUCAGACAUGAGUUGAAGAAAAAAUGCAUUGUUUUCUUUGGCUAACUCAUUGUACUUUUGUGAAAUUACCCAUGAUAAAUUUCCCAAGUAUCCAUUACAAUAUGUACCUGCAACAACAAAAAAAUAAACUACCAAUAAGUCAUUUACCUGUCAAAUCCUACUCUGAACUUUUUCCCCACGCUGCACAAUAUCCUACCCACCCAUAAGUGGUCAGAAAAGCAAUAUAGAGAAUUCUGCCACUCUAGAUCAUGUUUGUCAAAGGGGAAUAAAACAGAACUGUAGGUCAGAGCUAGUUAGAUGGGCAAUAUACAGAAGCUGAACCCUGCCUUACUAGACAAGACUUACUUGAAGCGACAAUACAGAGAACUCCACUGUACUAAAGAUUAACUUGGUCAAGGAGUCAUUUAAAGAAUCUUGCCCCGAUUGGUUAAAGAUUGAUAUAAAAAAUCCUGGCCCACUAGCUCAGAAGUAGGUAAAGGUUGAUAUACAUGAUCUUGCCUAAUGAAGCCUGAAAUUUAAAAGACCACUAUAGGCACCCAGUCCACUUCAGCUCAAUGAAGUUGUCUGGGUGCCAGUUCCCCCUAGUUUUAACCCUGCAGCUGAAAACAUAGCCGUUUCAAAGAAACGGCUAUGUUUACAUUGCAGGGUUAAUCCAUCCGAGCGGGAGGGGGGCCCUGAGGUGGGGACACACACACCUAAUAACCCUAUAGUGCCAGGAAAACGGGUUUGUUUGUUGGCACUUUAGUGUUUCUUUAACCCCUUAAGGACACAUGACGUGUGACAUGUCAUGAUUCCCUUUUAUUCCAGAAGUUCGGUCCUUAAGAGCUUAAACCUGCCUAAAUCCUAAACCCACAAGCAUAGACCAAAGCCAUGCCUGUACCAAUAUUUAUCAAGGUUAGUACUGGAGCAAUCCCACUAGGAAAUUCUAAAAGAGGACUGAUCAUCGUGGCAACAUAUGGAAUGUUUUAGCUGAUGGCUCUGAAUGUGUAACUCAAAAUUACUAUGAAUUUGAGUUGCUAAUUUUAUCAGAACAUAUUUCUACCAUCUUCAAAGUGCCUUGAUUGCCAUAAAACUCAAAUUCAAGCUCCCCUAAUACACUCUGAGGAUUUUGGGGUGCGUAGCGCAGGUUAGAGCAUGGGAGAAUGUCAGGUUUUUAUUUCCAAGUCUUAUUACAUAGAAGAUGCACCCAUAAUGAGAGUAUUAUGCUGGGAAAGAGCAUUUUGUUCUGGGGAAAUUUUAAUCAUGUUUUUAGCUUGCAUUAGUUGUAGUAGGUAAGUAGUGUGAAAAAGUUGUUGUUUUUUUGCAGUUAGUAUAAUUUACAAGAAACUGGUAGAAAACAUGAUUGGCCAAAAGGAGAUGCACAGCUGUUAGCUCUGUAGUGAAUGUGGAGGUCCAAGCAGAUGGCAUGACAAGCAUGGAUGCUCUACCCAACAGUUCUUCAAUAUGGACCUGGCCAGAGCAUAGAUUCAAUCUGGCAUAAACCAGUGUCUAGAGCAAAAUGUAUUCAGAAACGAUCUUGAAAUAAAAAUCUACAAUUCCAGAUCUUUGUGUCCUUGUUCAAGUUCAGCGGUUUGAUUUAAUCAUGGAGGGAAUUCCUUUGGCACGGUGGAGUCUGCUAGAUUAAAGCAGUCCAGGUAAUAGUAAGCAGGGUGCACCAGUUAUGUCUGCAUAAUAUAGCAGAACUACAACACAUACUCGUAGCUUACAUAUCCAUACAAGAGGACACCAAGGGAAAAAAUAUGCAGUGUCUUAAACGUCUAGGUGGUUAUCUGAGUGAUGUAGGACUGCCAUGCAAAGCGUGAACAGCUCCCCGAAAGAUCAUUGUAUUAUAAACGAAAAACACUUGUGUUAAUAAAACUUCCCAAUUCUGAUCUACAACUUUCCUAUUAUAAAUUAAAGGGGUAUUCUAAACACCAUAACCACUACAACGCACUGUAGUCCUAGUUUUAUGAAUGGUUUGAUACUUCUCUGGUCCCACACCCAGGGUGUCUGCACAGCUUACAAUCUUCGGCGUGGCUAGAUGUUCUAAUUCCGCUUUAGUAAUGUCCAUUUUUUUCGUAACUUUUCAGGUCAUUCAUUGGCUAAGAAUGCCACUUGUGGCACAAAAUUGGUAUUGCUAAAGCAUACGAACAGUUUGGUAUAUACAUGCAGACCAAAAGGAAGUAAGUGCCUUGUGUGGUCAGGUAAGUGUCAAACAGACUACCGUUUCAUAGCGCCAAGGAAUACCCGGUACCAUAAUCACUACACUAAAGUGGUUGUGGUGUUUAUAUUAUCCCUUUAAUAGUGUUACAGUUACUCCACUAGCUUAAUCUAUGCACCAAAUAUGAUAUUCUUUCUGGAAAUAAUAGAAUCAGAUUGUUACUUGAAGACAUUUUCUAUAUUGUGUGGUUAACCGAAUUGUAGCUAUUAUCAGAUCACUGUAAUUUAUCUGCUAAAUUGUGUUCGUUUUCAAUAAAUACAUUGGUUUUCAAAAGAACAGUUGUAUUUAUUUAAACAUCAA